AUGCAGGCCAGCAGCGAGGCUGAGACGGGCAAUGAGGAGCGAGUACAGAAGGGAAAGGAAGCUGAGACAUCUGGCAGGGCUGAGGAGAAGGAACGUGCCAAAGUGCAACCUGGCGAACAGUUAGAUCUGCCACCUUUUGACUGCAAGGUGGACAAGCCAAUGAUGGAAAUGGAAGCAGGCUCCAAUGUCUGGUACCAAGCAUCGAUCUUGCGAGAGACUGCAAACGAGAUACAAGUCCUGUUUCCAGACCCUGAGGAGGGCGAUUUAGUGACAAAGGAGUGGGUCAAGAAAUCCAGCAGCCGCAUCUGGCGGGGUUCCCUGGCAAGGCAUGCCUGGAAGUACAUCAGCAAAGGAGCCUGGGCGCCCAAGAAGAACCCCAAGCCUGGACGCCAGCGCAGAUCGGGCUCUGCUUCCAAGCAUGCAGCACCCAGGCAGAAGGCGCAAGGUGAGGCGACGGAUGGAACGGGCACCGGCGCAUCAAUGGACCUGGACUCAGCGGCUGAGGAUGAGCAGGAGACCCACAAGUCUCCUCAUGAGGAUGUCCCGGAUCAACAGCAGCAGCGACCUCAGCAACGGCGGAAGCGGAUGCGCGCAGCUGCACCCGCGGCUGAGACGCCAGCGGCGUUGCAGGGCGGCGAGGACGGCGGGGCGACGCACAGCAACUCUGGCGUGCCUGACACUGGCGGCUUUGGCUUCAACGACGGCGUUGGCCUCUCCUCCAAAGACGAGGCGCAGGCGCCAGAGCCGGAGCCGGAGCGGCAGGAUCCGCUGGCGGCGUGGUUCCGGGUGCACUUUGCGAUGCUGGAGGACCGGGGCACGCUGGUCACGCAGCUGGAGGGGGCCGGGCCCGAGGUGGGCGUGGCGCCGCAUCAUGCGCUGCCCCUGCGCAGGCCGCCGCAAGCCUUUGCGCCCGCGCGCAGGAAGCACGGCCGCAACUACGACGUCAACGAGGGCAGGUGCACGGAUGACGCUGAUGAAAAGAAGAAGCCGAAUGUGGUGGUGGGGUCUGACUGGCAGCCAGCCAGGAACAGAGGGGCGCGCGUCACGACAAGGACUGGCAUAGACAAGUCGCCGCCCCUCAAAAUCUUCAAGGAGUCGGAGGAUGUCCAGCCACAAGCUCGGAGUGCUGCAGCCAUGCCGAGUCAGCGGCCAGCCAAGGGGAGUGGCAGCAGAGGUGCUCAGCACGGCAAGGCAGGGCUGGUCACCCCGGAAGUGUCUGCAGCAGGGAGCGACAGCGAACAACAGCACCACAAGCAGCGCGGCAACAGCCGUGGGGUGAGCCGAGGCAGCCGGGAGCUCAAUGCAAGGGCUGCCAACAAGGAUGCAAGCAUCCUGAGCGCGCCCAAGUGGGCCUUCAAGGCACACGAGUCAGAUGAGGAUGACAGGGACACGCGCAUGUCUCCAACGUCUUCAGACUCUGGGCGAUCUCCGCAGCCGGCGCCCAAGCUUGUGAAAGCAGGCGCCAAAAGCAGCUCAGCCGCAACACGUGACCAGAAGCCUGGCGACCCCAGGAAGCAGCAGGCCAAGGAGAGGCCUCUGAAGGCGGGGCGAGCAGGAGAGCAGCAAGGUCAGAGCAAUGCGGGAAAAGGGCCGGAUGCCAAGCCAAAAUCCAGCACGGCACAGGCGAAGCCGAAGCAUUCGGCGCCACAGGGGGCCGCUGCUGCAGGCAAGCCGGGCCUUGAGGGAGGCCAGGGGAGGUCUGCCGCCGCGAGGCCAGACCCGGCACGCAUCGCAGGCACGCAGGGCGCGGCGGCCACUCACAAGCGCUCGCCGCUUGGGCCACAAGGACCCACCAAGGCAGCAGCAGUGUGGGCGGGAGAGCCUGCAACCUCCCUCUCGCACAAGCCAGGCGCCGGCCCGAAAUUUGCUGCCAAGCAGGGUCUCGGGCCGGCUGCUGGUGUGCCCUCCACUGCCGCUGCAAGCAACGCGGCCAAGAAGCUGCCCGUCAAGGAGCACAGGCAUCUGGGUGUGGGCAAUGGCAGCAACAGCAACAACAGCAGCGGCGCUGAUGCCAACACAGCUGGCGGGCCGCUCAUCCUGCAGCCCUCAGACAUCUUCAUGGCAGACUGAGCGCCUGCUAUGUCAGCGCUCAGGCUGAAGAUGUAUUGUCAUGUCAAGAGGGCGGGGUGCUGUUUUGCAGCGCAUGCAGCUGGGCCGAAGGCAGCAGGCUGAUAUGUAGAAUUCUGCUGGAGACUGUGCGUAUUGGUGGAUAUGAGCUUAUUGCCUUUCGCUUUGGAGAUGGAAAGAGCUGUGCAACAGCCGCCAAACAUUGCUCCAGCACCCCUGUGGAAAAGGAUUGCAAGAUGGCAGUGCCAAAUGACACAGCUAUUUAUGUCGCGAUUGAUUGCCAUAUGAGCAAUUAUGUAUCGUAUUGGCGUGACGAUGAGUGUGAAGCGAGAAUGUAUCAGCGAUUGCAAUUGCAUUGAGGGGAUUCAGUAGCUCCAGCGCUGUGUCUUCUUUUGUAUGUCUGUGCAGACUGCGGUCUGUCUGUAUUCCCUCAAGAUCACAGUAAUUGCAGAGCAUGUGGUGCAAAGCUUUACCCAGAUCUAUAUAGAUGCCCUGGCUAGACACGUGCAUGCCAUUGUAAACAUGUUCUCUG